ACCUGGUCCUCGUCCCCUCCGUGUCCUCAGGACCAUGAGGGGUGUCUGGGCCCUCGCGCUGGCCGGGCUGCUCAGUGCCUGCGAGGGGCAGGAGCCGCCCCCGGCUGCGGCAGAGGAGCCAUGUCCGCCGCUGCACGAUGAGAACCUGCUCGGGGACAAGUACGCCAACGUGACGGGUUUCAACCUCAUCAAGAGGUUCGAGCUGCUGAAGAUCUCGGCCGUCAAGAAAAUCCGCAACCCCAAGGGACCGCUGAUCCUGCGGCUGGGCGCCGCGCCGCUCGUGCAGCCCACGCAGCGGCUGUUCCCCCGCGGGCUGCCCGACGGCUUCACGCUCGUGCUCACCCUGCGCCUCAAGAAGAACAGCAGCAGCGAGGACUGGUACCUCUUCCAGGCCACCGACCGCCAGGGCUACCCCCAGCUCUCGCUGGCCCUGCACGGCCCCGAGAAGAGCCUCGAGCUGCAGGCCCGCGCGCCGGGGGACACCUUUGUCAGCGCCGUCUUCACGGGCAAGGGCGUCUCGUCCCUCUUCGACAGCCGGUGGCACAAGGUGGCCCUGAGCGUGCAGAGCCGCGCGGCCACCGUGCACAUCGACUGCGGCUUCAUCUCCUCCAAGCCGCUGGCGCCGCGGCGGGCGCUGGUGCCCGAGGGCCAUGCCCUGCUGGGGCUGGAUGCCGUGCGCGGGACCCCGGUGCAGUUCGACCUGCAGCAGGCGCAGAUCUACUGCGACGCGGCGCUGGCGCGGCACGAGGGCUGCUGCGAGAUCUCGGCCGGCGGGUGCCUGGCGGAAGCGCCCAAGACGCGGCGGCAGGCGGAGCUGGGGCACGGCAGCAACCUCGUCGAGAUGUCGCCGCAGGGUCCGGGCAGGCUCUUCACGCGCUGCUUCUGCCUGCAGGAGCCGCUGGGCGGCACGGCGGGCGGCACGGAGCCAGCAGGGGCCUUGGGGAAGACCAUCCUCAAGGGCGACCUCGGGGAUAAGUGCCCUCCCUGCUCGCCGCCUGCGGCUUCCGGGAACGUCACACUCGGUCCCCCAGGCCCAAAGGGCGGGAAGGGAGAGCGCGGCCUGGCUGGCCCCCACGGCACCAAGGGGGAGAAAGGUGACCGCGGUGCCGACUGUGUGCGGACGGUCCCCGAUGGCACCCUGCAGUGCGCCGAGGGCCCGCAGGGCGAGAAGGGGCAGCGCGGAGAGGCGGGGCUCCCUGGAGCGACUGGCGCUGACGGGCAGAAGGGCCAGAAGGGCGACAAAGGCGACGGGGGCCUGCAGGGCAAGCCGGGCCGCCCGGGCCGCGACGGCCGUCCAGGAGAGAUCUGCGUGGUGGGACCCAAGGGCCAGAAGGGCGACCCAGGCCUAGUGGGACCUGAGGGGCUGGCUGGCGAGCCAGGACCGCCGGGGAAGCCGGGACCGCCGGGAAUCGGCUUUCCAGGGAAGCCGGGCGACCCUGGUGGCCCCCCGGGACCCAAGGGAGACAAGGUGAGUGGUGACUCUGGACCCGGAGGAUCCCCUGGGAAGCCUGGCCCCCAUGGCGCCACGGGGACUAAAGGUGACAAGGGCGAGCCGUGCCAGCCGUGUCCCGUGUCCGUGGGGACGCUCGGGGCCGCCGGGCUCCCCGGGCAGCCGGGAGUCAGGGGAGAGCCCGGAGCGCCGGGCAAGGACGGGAUCUCGGACAGACCUGGCCCCGCUGGACCCAAAGGAGACAGGGGAGACCCCGGCAUCAACGGGAUAAAGGGCGAGAAGGGUGACUCGUGCGUGCCGUGUGACGCCGGCAUCCUGGCCGCGCUGCUGCAGAGCCCCGUGGCGGGGCCGCCGCCGGGCGCAGCGGCGCUGCCCGGGCUGGCUGGCAUCAAGGGCGAGAAGGGCGACGGCGGCCACCAGGGACCCGCGGGCACACGGGGGCUGCCGGGAGAGAAGGGACACCCGGGAGCCCAGGGAAUCAAGGGAGACAAGGGCGAGCCGUGCGGGCAGUGCCCGCCCGCUCCGCAGGCCCUCCAAGGGGCCACCACGGCGCUGGCCGUGCCGGGGCCACCGGGACCACCGGGCAGAGCGGGCAAACCCGGAGGCGCCGGUCCCCAAGGGCAGAAGGGGGACACAGGGAGCCCCGGGGACCCGGGCACGCCGGGCCUGGCCGGUGUCCCAGGGCUCGCGGGUGAGCCUGGCACGCGGGGCCCAGCUGGGCCCAAGGGCGACAAGGGCGACGCCUGCGAGUCCUGCCCCGUGCUCCAAGGGGAGUUCUUGGACGUGAUGGGCAUCCCUGGAAAACCCGGUGCCAAGGGGGAGCAGGGCGCGCCGGGCAUCGGCGAGCCGGGCAGACCCGGGAAGCCGGGCCUGCCUGGGAUCCAGGGCCCCCCCGGGCCAAAGGGGCUGCAGGGCGAGCGGGGACCGCAAGGGAUCGGCCAGCCGGGCCCGAUGGGAGAGCCUGGAAUGACUGGACCACCUGGAAUAGCCGGCCCCCCCGGACCUCAGGGACCCCCAGGCACCGCAGCAGAGAAAGGCGCCAAGGGAUCUCCAGGGUCCAAAGGUGCUGUGGGCCCCCCAGGGCCACCAGGGACCAGCAUCACGGGGCCACCGGGCCGUGAAGGGCAGCGGGGGCUGCCGGGGGUGCCCGGCUCCAGCGGGCUGCCGGGAGAGAAGGGCGCCCGCGGCGAGAAGGGAGACGCUGGCGAGUGCCUGUGCCCGCCUGGCACGCGGCAGGACGGCGGCUCCGUGGGGAUGCCGGGAGCCCCUGGACUCUGGAGCGGCGUGUCCUGGCAGCCCGGCCCGCAGGGACCCCCCGGAGCGCCAGGACCCCCCGGGCCACCCGGCGCCCCCGGCCGCCAGGGCAUCCCGGGACACAACGGCCUCCCCGGACUGCCAGGGCCGGCUGGAGACUUGGGGCCACUGGCCGUGGUGGCCGAGAGGAACAUGGAGGUGCUGAAGAGCCUGUGCGGGGACUGCGUGCAGCUGCAGGCCGCCCUCGUGGCACCGGCCGAGGACACGGGCGAGCCAGGCCGGCCCGGCGCCCCCGGCAGCGAGAGCUGCGCCCGCUGCUUCGCCCAGCUGCCGCGGGCAGAGGAGGCUCGGGGUGACAGCCCGGACACGGACUGCGUGGGUGAGCCUGGGCACCCGGGCACCCCGGGCAUCCCUGGAGAGAGAGGGGAGCAGGGCUCACCAGGACUGCGGGGACCCCCGGGGCUGCCCGGGCCUGUCGGCCCCCCAGGCUUUCCCGGAACGCCGGGCGCUCCCGGACUGCCCGGUCUCCAGGGUGAGCGCGGCCCCGCUGGACUUGCUGGCGCCAAAGGGGAGCCGGGACCACCAGGGCAGCCUGGAUACCCGGGCGCCACCGGCCCGCCCGGCCUUCCCGGCAUCAAGGGUGAGCGAGGCUACGUGGGCCCCCCCGGGGAAAAAGGGGAGCCGGGUCCCCCCGGCUUGGACGGCGUUCCCGGUCCCACGGGACCAGUGGGGCCGAGGGGCGAGCGGGGCGUCCCCGGCGGCGCCGGCGAGAAGGGCGACCAGGGCUUCCAGGGACAGCCGGGCUUCCCGGGGCCGCCGGGGCCUCCCGGCUUCCCGGGGAAAGCGGGGCCGGCCGGGCCGCCGGGUCCCGCCGCCGAGAAGGGCAGCGAGGGCAUGCGCGGCCCCACGGGGAUGCCAGGACCCCCCGGCCCCCCCGGCCCACCGGGCAUCCAGGGCCCCGCUGGCGUGGAAGGGCUGGAUGGCAAGGAUGGCAAACCGGGAAUGCGGGGAGACCCCGGCCCUCCCGGGCCCCCGGGGAUGAUGGGACCGCCGGGCUUCAAGGGCAAGACGGGACACCCGGGGCUGCCGGGACCCAAGGGCGACUGCGGCAAACCCGGCCCCCCCGGCAGCACCGGGCGGCCCGGCGCCGAGGGAGACCCCGGACCCAUGGGACCACAGGGCCGGCAGGGACCUCCGGGGCUGGUCGGUCCUCCGGGCAGUCCCGGGCAGCCGGGUCCUGCCGGCCUCGCUGGAGUGGGAGCGAAGGGCGAGCGGGGAUCCGCAGGAGACCGAGGGCUGCCGGGAAUGCCGGGAGCACCGGGGCCGCCAGGACACCCCGGCCCGCCGGGAGAGAUGGGGCCUGACGGACCAGUCGGCAAAGAGGGCCCCCCAGGAAAGCCGGGCUCCGCGGGACCCGCCGGACAGAAGGGCGAAGCCGGCUCUCCGGGCGAGAGGGGCUACCCUGGCGAGAAGGGCCGCGCCGGAGCACCGGGGGGGCCCGGCAAGAGCGGCUCCAUGGGGCUGGUGGGACCGCGGGGUCCCGCCGGAGAGAGGGGGCCCCCCGGCGCGCCGGGGCCCGCGGGCAGCCCGGGGGUGCCGGGACCCCCGGGGAUGAUGGCGGACGCCGUCAACUACGACGAGAUCAAGCGCUUCGUGCGGCAGGAGCUGAGCAAGAUGUUUGAUGAGCGCAUGGCCUAUUACACCUCCCGGAUGCACUUCCCGCUGGAGACGGUGUCGGCGCCGGGACGGCCGGGCCCGCCGGGCAAGGACGGGCUGCCGGGGCGGCCGGGGCCGCCGGGCUCGCCGGGGCUGCCGGGGCAGAUCGGCCGCGAGGGCCGCCAGGGCGUGCCGGGCGCGCGAGGAGAGCCGGGCGCCAAGGGCGAGAAGGGCGAGAAAGGAGUCGGCAUCAUGGGCGACAGCGGCCCGCCGGGCCCCCCAGGGCCGCAGGGGCCGCCGGGCUACGGCAAGACGGGCCCGCCGGGCCCGGUGGGGCAGCAGGGGGUGCCGGGGGUGCCGGGCCCGCCGGGCGCCGCGGGGCAGCCGGGCAAGGCGGGCGAGUGCAGCCCUGCCGCGUGCCUGGCCGCGCUGCCGCCCGAGCAGCCGCUCUUCCCACCCAAGAACCUCAAGGGCCCCUUUGGGUGA